AUGCCAUGUGCCCAGAGGAGCUGGCUUGCAAAGCUCUCCGUGGUGGCCCAGCUCCUGCACUUGGGAGCCCUGGGAGAUGGGGAGUCUUCCCUGCCGCGUCCCGUGCGCUUCCCGGACAAGAGACAAGAGAAUUUCGUCAAGACCCUGCCAGAGUACCAUGUGGUGGGUCCUGUUCAAGUAGACGCGAGUGGGCAUUUUCUGUCCUAUGGUUUGCACCACCCCAUCACCAGCCACAGGAGGAGGAGAGAUGCAGGAAGCCCAGAGGCAAGGGUAUACUAUAAAAUUGCACAUGAGGACCAGGACCUGCUUUUCAACUUGACAAUCAAUGAGGAAUUUCUUUCCAAAAGCUACAUUGUGGAGAGGAGAUAUGGGAACCUCUCCCAUGUUAAGAUGGUGGCUUCCUCAGGUCCCCCCUGUCAUCUCUGGGGUACAGUUCUGCACCAGGGUACCAGGAUAGGGACUGCAGCCCUCAGUUCCUGCCAUGGAUUGACUGGAUUUUUCCACCUCCCACAUGGAGACUUUUUCAUUGAGCCCAUCCAAAAGAUUCCACUGGUUGAGGGCGGCUACUACCCACACAUCAUUUAUAAGAAGAGGAGGAGGAGAGUUCCUGAGACGGAGGAGCCAACCUGUGGAUUAACGGACAGUCCUGGCAUCUUCCAGAAGCAAGAAUUACAACGGGAGAAAUGGGAAAGAAACAACUUGCCCAGCAGAAGCCUCUCCCGGCGUUCUAUCAGCAGAGAGAGAUGGGUGGAGACUCUAGUGGUGGCAGACACGAAGAUGGUUGAGUACCAUGGGAGUGAAAAUGUUGAGUCCUAUAUCCUCACCAUCAUGAACAUGGUCACUGGAUUGUUUCAUAACCCAAGCAUUGGUAAUGCAAUUCAUAUAGUUGUAGUUCGACUUAUCCUGCUUGAAGAAGAAGAGCAAGGAUUGAAAAUAGUGCAUCAUGCAGAGAAGACACUGUCCAGCUUCUGCAAGUGGCAGAAGAGCAUCAAUCCUAAGAGUGACCUCAGCCCUGCCCAUCAUGAUAUAGCUGUCCUUAUUACCAGAAAAGACAUCUGUGCUGGUGUCAACCGCCCUUGUGAGACCCUAGGUCUGUCACACCUGUUGGGAAUGUGCCAACCUCAUCGGAGUUGUAACAUCAACGAAGAUUCUGGGCUCCCUUUGGCCUUCACAAUUGCACAUGAGCUGGGACACAGCUUUGGCAUCCAUCAUGAUGGAAAAGAAAAUGACUGUGAGCCAGUGAGCAGACACCCAUAUAUCAUGUCUCGCCAGCUCCAGUACAAUCCUGUCCCAAUGACAUGGUCCAAGUGCAGCAAAGACUACAUUACCCGCUUCCUGGACCGAGGCUUGGGCUUUUGUCUUGAUGAUGUCCCCCAAAGGAAAGGCUUGAAGUCCAAAGUCAUUGCCCCUGGAGUAAUCUAUGAUGUUCAUCACCAAUGCCAACUGCAAUAUGGUCCCAAUGCUACCUUCUGCCAGGAAGUCGAAAAUGUUUGCCAGACCCUGUGGUGCUCUGUGAAAGGCUUUUGUCGCUCUAAGUUGGAUGCUGCUGCAGAUGGGACACGAUGUGGAGAAAAGAAGUGGUGUAUGGCUGGCAAAUGUAUCACAGUGGGGAAGAAGCCAGAGAGCAUUCCUGGAGCUUGGGGUGGCUGGUCCUCCUGGUCCCACUGCUCCAGAACUUGUGGGGCUGGAGCCCAGAGUGCAGAGAGACUCUGCAACAACCCUGAACCCAAGUUUGGAGGAACAUACUGCACUGGAGAAAGGAAGCGCUACCGCUUAUGCAAUGUCCAUCCCUGCCCCCCAGGUGAACCAACAUUUCGGCAAAUGCAGUGCAGUGAGUUUGACACCGUUCCCUACAAGAAUGAAUUUUACCACUGGUUCCCAGUUUUUAAUCCAGCACAUCCAUGUGAGCUCUACUGUCGACCCAUAGAUGGCCAGUUUUCCGAGAAAAUGUUGGAUGCUGUCAUUGAUGGUACCCCAUGCUUUGAAGGUGGCAACAGCAGAAAUGUCUGUAUUAAUGGCAUAUGUAAGAGUGUCGGUUGUGACUAUGAGAUUGAUUCUAAUGCCAAGGAGGACCGAUGCGGAGUGUGUCUCGGUGAUGGCUCUGCAUGCCAAACCGUGAGGAAGAUGUUUAAACAGAAAGAAGGAUCAGGUUAUGUUGACAUUGCACUCAUUCCAAAAGGAGCAAGGGAUAUACGGGUCAUGGAGAUUGAGGGUGCUGGAAACUUUCUGGCCAUCAGGAGUGAAGACCCUGAAAAGUAUUAUCUUAAUGGAGGAUUUAUUAUCCAGUGGAAUGGGAAUUACAAGUUGGCUGGGACCGUUUUUCAGUAUGACAGGAAAGGAGAGCUGGAGAAACUGAUGGCCACAGGCCCCACCAAUGAAUCCGUGUGGAUACAGCUUCUUUUCCAGGUGACGAAUCCUGGCAUCAAAUAUGAGUAUACAAUAAGGAAGCAUGGCCUUGAUCAUGAUGUGGAGCAGUUGGGAUAUUUCUGGCAUUAUGGGCCCUGGACAGGGUGCAGUGUCACUUGUGGAACAGGUAUCCGCCGCCAGACUGCCCAUUGCAUGAAGAAGGGCCAUGGGAUGGUGAAAGCUACAUUCUGUGAUCCAGACACACAGCCCAAUGGAAGGCAGAAGAAGUGCUAUGAAAAGGAUUGUCCACCCAGGUGGUGGGCAGGGGAGUGGGAAGCCUGUUCUACCACAUGUGGACCACACGGAGAGAAGAAGCGAAUCGUGCUGUGUAUCCAGACCAUGGGAUCUGAUGAGCAGGCUCUCCCAGCUGCAAACUGCCAGCACCUGCUGAAACCCAAGCCCUUCCUCUCUUGUAACAGAGACAUCCUAUGUCCUUCGGACUGGACAGUGGGCAACUGGAGUGAGUGCUCUGUUUCUUGUGGUGGUGGAGUGAGGAUUCGCAGUGUCAUAUGUGCCAAGAACCAGAAUGAACCUUGUGACGUGAUGAAGAAACCCAACAGCCGAGCUCUUUGUGGCCUCCAACAAUGCCCAUCGAGCAGGAGAAUUCUGAAAACCCACAAAGGCACAAUUCCCAAUGUGAGGAAUCCACCAACAUUGGAGCCAGGGCCCUUCCAGCCCAUCCCUGUCCCUACAUCAAGCAGAAGAAUGUUGACCACACCCGCAGUGACUGUGUCUGUGAGCACAAGUGCACUGGCCACCCCCAGCCCUGGUUCUACCACAUCCUCCAGAGGAGGCCAGGAUGGGAGAUGGAGUGACAAUAGUUCCACCCACAUGGAACUGGAACCCAGUGAUGUCCUUCCCACAGGAAGUACUUCCCAGCCUACUCUCACAUCCCAUUCUUUAAGUCUCCAGCCAAAGGACAUGAAUAGUUCCAGUUUAGGUGCUGGGCCUACCUCCCUUGGAAACCUUGAAGCCACAACAAUGAAUGGUGCUGACCUGUCCUCUUCCAGCAACCUUGAGACAUGGUCUGUAACUCCAUUUGCUAGUAACUUGAGCAAAGAGCCAGAAAUAGAGAUUCAGAGUGGCUCAGGGGAAGAUAGUGAACUACUAGAAAACAAAAAUGAAAACAAUUCUGUAACAUGGACCAAAAUAAGAAAUCCUGGAAGUGAUGCUACAGAAGAAAGAACAGAAACUCCCCUCAGACUUCCACCCACACCUCACAUCAAGGGAACAUCCUCGUGGCCAGCCUUCACCACAAUGAGGGAAGGACUGCUUCCCAAUCACAGAUCCUCUACACUCAAAAAUGGUGUCUCCACAGCAGAGGAGGUGGUCACAGAGCAGCCAGCUAACACUGCAGUUACUCUAGGAGGAGACCACAAGCCAGCAUCCUCAGUAAAGUCAGUGAGCCAUCACUUACCAGAACUUCCAAGCCAUGUAAAUAGAACACAGAGUUCAGGACCCAUUCUGACUGAGGAAGAUGCAGCAAUUCUGAUUGCUGAGGGUUUUUUGCUGAAUGCCUCUAAUUAUAAGCAACUCUCCACUCAGCCUGACCACAGCCCUGUAUACUGGAUUGUAGGGAACUGGAGUGAGUGCUCCACCACAUGUGGGCUGGGGGCCAACUGGCGAAGUGUGCAGUGCAGCACCCAGAUGGAUUCCGACUGUGCAGCCCUGAGGAGACCAGACCCUGCUAAACGAUGUCACCUGCGCCCUUGUGCCAGCUGGAAAGUGGGCAACUGGAGCAAGUGCUCCAGAAACUGCAGUGGUGGCUUUCAGCUGCGGGAGAUUCAGUGUGUGGAUGACAGGGACCAGCGGAGCCUGCGGCCCUUUCACUGUCAGUUUCUGGCUGGCCUUCCACCCCCGCUCAGCAUGGUCUGCAAUUCGGAGCCCUGCAAGGAAUGGCAGGUGGAACCCUGGAGUGAGUGUUCCAAGUCCUGUGGAGGCGGCAUUCAGGAGAGAAGAGUGACCUGUCCUGGAGAUCUGUGUGACUGGGUGAAGAGACCCCCAACAACCUCACCCUGUAACAGGCACCCUUGCUGCGUCUGGGCCACUGGGAACUGGGAGCUGUGUUCCGCUUCCUGUGGAGGAGGCUCUCAGAAGAGGACUGUGAACUGUGUCUCUUUAGAAGAAAAUGAAACAGAAGACCAUGGUCAUCAGUGCAUGUGUGAUCAUGAACCCAAACCACCAGAGUUCCAGAACUGCAACCAGCAGACCUGUUGGAAGAAUCCUGAUUUGCAAUGCACCAAGGACAGGUUAUCAGUCAGUUUCUGCCAGACACUCAGAGGAAUGAAGAAAUGUUCUGUACCGACUAUAAGGGCCCAGUGCUGCUUCACGUGUUCCCAGGCACCUAUCCACACCCACAGGUCAAGAAAAGAGUUGUUGAAUAACUCCAAAGCACUCUAG